GUCCACAUGACAAGUCCCUAUGCUACAUCGGUGGAGAAACCCAUAUGAUCGUUAUCGACCGCCACACCUCCCUUUCCAACCUCCACCACCGCUUCUCGAAAACCCUGUUAAACAACCAGCCCUUCACGUUGAAAUACCAGCUCCCGAAUGAAGAUCUAGACUCGUUAAUCUCUGUCGCUUCAGAUGAAGACCUUGAGAACAUGGUUGACGAGUACGACCGUUUGAAUAACAGAAAUAGUAGUUUGAAAAAAUCAGGCCGUCUUCGUUUGUUUUUGUUUCCAAAAUCUUCAAGUAUUGAGCAAUUGCUGAGAGAGACCUCUUCGACUAAGUCAGAAGGCUGGUUUCUAAAUGUACUGAAUGAGAAAGUUGCUAAUUUAUCUACUGGUGUGAGUGACCUGGGGUUUUCAGAUUCAUCUUUUAUCAAUUAUCUACUUGGACUUGACGAUGACUUUGGUGGAAAGGCUGCCUCCACAGGAACUGAUUUAGAAGCCCAAUUGGAGGGAUCAAAGAACUGUUUGAACAAUACCGGUAAUGAAGAUGUGCAUUCGGUCCCUGAUUCUCCAAUGGUGGAGACCUCGUCUUCAUUUGGAUCGACAACCAGUUCGCCUUCUGUAGCGAACCUGCCGCCCAUAAGAUUGCCCAGUGAGGGGAAUCAGAAGUUUGGAGUUGAAGAGCGGUUUCAGCAGAUGAAUCCUGAGGUCGUGGGUGGUGUUGCUUUGCAGCAGAAACAGGAGAUUGGAGGUUUUUUUGCCCCCGUUUCAGGUUCUACGAAUCCGGUCUUUUCAGGUGACGAGGGGUUGGAUCAUGGUGGCAAUAGAAAGCCUGAACAAGCACAACAACAGGUGCAGGUUCAGUUUCAGCUGAAACAAGGAAGUGCUCUAGAGUUUUAUUCCCCUGAAUCAGUUUCAAGUGAGGGAAGUGCAACAAAUCCAUUGUCUAUUCAGAGACAGACCUUUUAUCAAGAACCACUUGUUCAAAUUCAAUCUGUAAACAGUAGGGGUUCUGUUAGUCAAGUUGAUCCGAAGACAUGGGAUCAAAACACUAGGAGUGUUCCAAUGCAAUCACAAGUUCAGGAAUCGAGUUAUGUAUCAUCUGGCCAGUUUGACAAAAAUCAUCCUCCAUUGAAACAGCAACGACAGUUUGUUCCCAUCGGGGCAACACCAAUUACUUCAUAUCAUGCAAUGCACUCUUCCCAGCAACGACACCAUUCUCACUAUCCUGGACUUGAGCAGCAAUACCCCGUUUACUUUCUGCCUGCUAGACCAAGCCAACUCUAUAAUAUGCCCGUGCAACACCAACCAAAUUAUGAUGAAUCGGCACCAGCUUCAGCUUCAGAGUCUAGCAAUCAGGCAAGGAACGUUCCUGCCUCAAAACCUGAAAUGGCCGCAGGCGUUUACAGAGCAGCAGCUCCACAAUUUUUCCAGGUUCCUUCCAGCCAGCACCAAACACAAUAUGUUGCCUUCACUCAAAUUCAUCAUCCAUCUCAGUCAGUGGCUGCCCCUUCAGCUGCCAAUACUAGUUAUGCUUAUGAAUUUGCUGAUCCUACACGAUCUCAAUUAUAUUAUACAAAGCCUCAGCAUACCCAAUUGGCUUCUCAUAAUCAAACCAUAACAAACCACAACAGCAACCCCGAAAGUUGAAUUACCUGAAACUUCCACUCAGGUUCCCACAGAGAACAUUAAGCAGCAAAUUAGAACUUCUCUGCCAUGACAGGAACUUUUUUUUUGCAGCAAGGGAUUUGGUUUAUGUUUGAUUAAUGUUAUAUUAUAGUGUGUGCCUUGUUAUUCUUAUUUGUUUUUCGUGUUUUUGUUAUACUUAAUAAGAGAAUCAGCUCAUUUUCCUUUGUUUCAUCAUGUGUGACAUAUUGAUGAUAGUUUACAACUAAGUUUGUAAAAGCUCAACCUCACACAUUUGAUGUUACAUGUUUAGUCUAAAUAUCAGUUAUUGAAUAAAUUUAAUAAAGUGCA